CUCGUCGUGUAAACACGAGCAAGUUCAGAAGUGUGACUCGUUGGAUUUCGCACGCGCUGUACGACUACACGUAGAUGAGUCGGCGAGAUCUCGUCUAUCUGUUACCCAUGGACGGCCCAGGCACGAUUACAUGGGAGGAAUUCCUCGAGGAUGCAGAAAAGUUCCUCGUUGUUUCAGACAAGAUAUCUGAUAGAUGGAAACUUCACGGGGAUAAGGAUAUCCCCGGACAAGCUUAUCUAGCCAGGAGAACCAAGUACUUCAUACCGAGCGAGUCGAGUAUCGCGAGAAAGGACGGAUCGACCAGCAAGGACGACGACGACGCCGACGCCGGGGAGUUCCAUGUGAAUUUUCGGGAAGACCCGCACGAGGCUGCCUCCUCCGCGAGCGAAACUCCUUUCAUUAUCGAGCAUCACAUUCUGUGGUCUAUUAGCUACAGCGUCCCGGUUCUCUUCUUCAACGGUUGGAAAUCAGAUUUCGUCGGUGUUAACCCGGUAACCGUAGAUGAGGCUCAGACAAUCGAUGGUUCUACAUUAAAUUACAAGGAAUUAUCGCAAGCGAUUCACCCUAUCGUCGGCACACCAUUCCUGCAAUUACAUCCGUGUCUGUCGCAGGAAUUGUUGCGGACUAUGCCGAAGAGGUGAGGUGCGAUCUUGCAUCUUAAGCGACGGAAAAAUUUUUUUUAAUUGUUACGUGGAAAGAGUAAUUUUGCUAUCUAAAAAUUUACCUGAAUAUAGAUCUGAAAAUAAUUUUAAAAUAAUUGUGACGAAUGUUUGAACUGCUUGAGAAUCUCCAAAUUUUUUGCAGCAUUUCUUGGCUGUCUGCAUAAUUAUUUUGAUGUCUAAUAAAAUUGUUUUCAGAUCUGUACCCAUAUAGCUAAAAUUUUAAACGAUGAGCAACGCCGCAAAAAAUUUUAAUAAU